UAACCCAACCAUAGCCUAAGUUGGCAAUACUGCAUGUUUAUGGCUGUCAGACACCAUCAGAUAUGUCAGACAGAGUGAACUGGUGUAUCGCACAGCAGUUGAUAACAGCGUAGUAUGUUUCUUAGAUUAUUCGUUGGAAUGUGAAUUAUGCUGUGGAUUCGAAUAUUCGUCCAUCUCGUUGCGCUCAUUUCGGCGACGAGAUGCAGCGACAUAACAUCCACUGUGUUUGGCAAUGUGUUGGAUGGCAUGCCGGCAGCAUUUGGUGAUUUCAAUUCCGAUGAGUUAACAGAUGUGUUCAUGCUGCGCCAGACCAAGGAUAACCAGACAGUGGAGAUCUUCUUGGCGGCUGAGCAGGAGCCCCUGCUGCGAAAUAAGUCAGAUCUGAGUUGUCCAUUCAAGGACCAUGUGACUAGCGUGGUACCGGGUGAUUUCGAUGGCGACGUCUUCAUGGACAUCCUAGUGACAACAUUCAAUCGCGAAGAGAAGGUCACUUACGCGCACAUACUGUGGGGUGGUAAUGGUCAUCUGAAUUGCAGCAAUCAAUGGAACCCCCUUAUAGAAAUGCGCGAUCAGCCAUUGGCGUUGGAUUAUAAUCAAGAUAUGAUAAUUGACCUCUUUGGAGUGGACAAACAUGGCAGAAGGAUGUUCUGGAUAUUUAAUGAGAAUAGGACUACUCCACGUACUGUCGAAAUGCACGAUGCUGAUUUGAUGCCGUUAGAGCCCAUGAGAAACCCACACUCUAACGCCUUCCUGGAUUUGAACAGUGACUUUUUACCAGAUAUCGUGGUAACUACGAAAAAGUCCUUCGAGAUAUGGCUUGGCACAGAACAGGGAUUUGAAUUUUCCCAUCAGAUCUACCUUCCAUAUAGUAUAUCAAGCGAUAAGAAUUUUAAAGGAGAAUUUGGACAAACUCUCUAUUUGGAUGUCGAGUUAACCGGCAAGAUGGCUCUCCUUCUACCACUGUGCUUCGAUGAGGCCUGUACUAAUUGUACAAUAAUGAUGUACUUGAAUGGUUGGCACAAUUUGCGAGUGAACUUCCACGAUCCCAACAACGUCUUGUGGGGUUUUGUAAAACCCAACGGUCAUCGUUACACGGAGACUAUCACUUUACGCGGCGGCGAUUUCAACAUGGAUGGCUACCCAGAUUUGUUGGCUACUUUACAGUCUGCAAAACAGGCGCAAUCAUUUUUAUUGCAGAAUGUGGCAUGUAAUAAUAAUUGUGCCGGCUUUAAUCGCACUUUCGAAAUCAGGUGGCAGGCGUUGAAUCCGUUCUACAACGAGACCGCGAUGGCAGUAUUUUAUGACUUUUAUCAAGAUGGUAUCCUGGAUGUGAUCCUGGUUGAAUUCGACAAGACGAAUAACUUCUAUCGUACCGCGGCAUUUAAAAACAGUUUGGAUUACGACGCAAAUUUUGUCAAGGUGAUGGUGCUCACUGGACGCACUAACAGCAUGUAUCCUAUUUCACCGGGUUCGCUCGGUAAGAAAAAGAGAACUUAUGGUACUAACUUGCCGGGACCAUCAAUUGCGUACAGAACCACCACACAGGAUGGUAGCCCUCGUAAUGCGAUUGCCGCUCAGUUACCCCAGAGCGCACAUUUCUCGCUUAACUUGCCAUACACUACCUUCGGUUUGGGAAGAACGCCUAAUUUUGUGGACGCUCUCACGAUAGGGGUUGGCGGUAAGUCACGAGAAUGGCCACAGAUUAUUCCCAAUUCCCAAAUGGUCGUGAUACCAAAUCCGAUUGCCGAACCAUCGAGAUGGAAGGCCCAACUAUUUGUUACACCCAGCAAGUUAAUCUUAUUAAGUGCGGCUGCCUUAUCCGGUACUUGCGUGUUUAUUACAUCUCUAAUUCUCGGUUUGUAUUGGAAAGAAAGGAGAGAAGACAAAAUCGAGAAGCUCCAAGAAGCGCACAGAUUUCACUUUGACGCGAUGUAGAAAAAUGAAUAUAAUAGGAGGAAAGGAAAAAAAUAAGAUCAAUAAUUAAAGUUUCUUUAAGAUAUAAGUUUAUUGAUAUAAUAAUUUAGUAAUAAAUAAAUCGCGCUUAAUAUUCUAUUCAAACUCGCAUAAAAUCCUCAUUCAUCAGUCGCAACUUUGACAGCAUAUGAAAUGUCAUGUUUUUUCUUUCCAUCGAUCAUAGAAUUUUUACUUUCGAUACAAGAAAUUGUGCCGUUAAAGAAUAAAAUUAACGAUUUAUCGAUUCUUCCUUGGCAUUAUUACAAAAACGACAAGACUCGUCGGUGUCUUCUUCUUGUCGUGGGGGAGAGGGAAUUAUCUCGUCCAAGCGCCAUAUAUAUAUGUGUGUGUGUAUGUGUAUGUACACGGACGAUUAUUGCUAGAGCUUUUUCUUUUCAUUUUUUGUUCGCUGCGAAUCGUACGCGCCGUAAUAUGCUUUUGAUCAGUUUAAGCUAAGAGCGAUGACUCGCUAUUGGCAUCGAUCGUUUUUUAUGGCAGGGUUCAAGUCGUUGAAAUACGGAUGUGUCAUUGCUUCCUCCGCCGACAGCCGUAGAGCCGGAUUACACACUAAUAAUCUCUGUCAAUCAGAACAUCAUACAUUCAAGAAUGACCCAAGACUUGAAAUAAAAGUGCUUGUUAUAAUGUUAUAACGAUAAAAAAAUUUUUUAAUGAUGUAACUUUUUUAUUUCUAUUUAAAAAAAAAGUGAAAUUUAGAGAAACGAUUUUCUUUUUAGAUUUUAACUUGUUAUAGUUCUUUUUAGUUCUUUAAGGCCCGUUUCUACCAACGUAGAUUAACUUUAAUCUCGGUUUAAUUUACUUGUUAUCUCAUUCUAGUUCCAAAAAUUAGAAAGAGAUAAAGAGUAAGUUAAUCCGAGAUUAAAGUUAAUCUACGUUGGUAAAAAUGGGCUUAAAACUUGAAUCGCAACAUUUUCUUUGUGUGAUGCGUGUGCGUGUAUACGUCUGCAUGUGCGUGUCUCUUUUUCUCUCUCUGGGUGCGUGUGUGUGUGUGCGCGCGCGCGCGCAAUUGAAAUUAGUUUUUCUUCAUUACUUGUUUCUUCACUACUACGCUUUUGAUGCUGUUCUAAAUAUUUGCAUUCGCUAGUCCCAUUCUAUUUUUUAUUUCGCAUUUUUCUUUAUUAAAUUAUUAGAUUAUUACAUUAUAUUUAUUAAUAUCAAAUUUAAUUGCUUAUUGUUGAAUAUAUAUCUUCUAUACAUCAGAAAUGUUAAAUAACUAUAUUUGUUUCACAAUUUUAUUGUUUUAAUGAUUAAAAUAAACGAUAAUUUACCUGGAGUAA